AGUGUGAAUGCUGAUGGAUGAGUUCCACAAACUCUAUUUAAGCAGAGUUGAUUUAGAAACGAGCAAACAUAGGCAUCCUAGUGUUGUUCUUGAAACAAGAGGUUACUAGCAAUAAUAUGGAAGGUGCCAUUGUUUUGUAUCCUUGUCCUGGAAGUGGUCACCUAGUCUCCAUGGUUGAGCUAGGCAAACUCAUACUUUCCAACCACUCUUCUUUCUCAAUUUCCGUUAUUAUCCCCACUGCACCGUUCGAAGCCGCCGCAACUCAAGACUAUAUAGCGGCUGUCUCCGCCACCAUACCCUCCAUCACCUUCUACCACCUCCCACCCGUCGCUCUCCCUCAAAAUGCUUUCAAUUCUGCAAAGGAUUUCCCAACCCUAGUUUACCAGCUUUGUCAACUCAAUAAUCCUAAUCUCCAGGAAACCCUUCUGGCAAUUUCCAGUCGCUCAAAAAUCAACGCCUUUGUUAUUGAUUUCUUUUGCAACGCUUCGUUCCAAGUCUCAUCAAGUCUUAAUAUCGCAACUUACUAUUACUUCACCUCUGGAGCAAACAACUUGUCCUAUUUGAUUUACUUCCCUAAGAUUCAUAGAAGCUUAACCAAGAGCUUGAAAGAUCUAGACGACAUGAAUAUAAACAUCCCUGGCUCACCGUCCAUUCAAGCAAAAGACAUGCCAGAUUCCUUGCUUGAUCGUGAGAAGUAUGUGUAUCAGUGCCUGGUAGACACUGCGCUCAAUAUGACGAAAUCUUCAGGUCUUAUCGUGAACUCGUUUGAAUUGCUUGAAGAAAGGGCUUGUAGGGCACUGACGAAUGGAGAAUGCGCACCAGGCGACUCCAUGCCACCUGUGUAUUUCAUAGGCCCAGUAGUGAGUGAAAAGGAGGAAGAUGGGGGACAAAUACACGAGUGCCUGAGUUGGCUAGACUCUCAACCGAGUCAAAGCGUACUGUUUUUAUGCUUUGGAAGCAUGGGAGUGUUUUAUACGGAGCAGUUAAAAGAAAUUGCAAUUGGAUUAGAGAGAAGUGGAGUCAGAUUUUUGUGGGUGGUGCGUAAUCCACCACCAAACGAUGAAACAGUUGGAAAAUUAACAGAAACUGAUCCAAGCAUUGAGUCAUUCUUGCCAGAAGGGUUUUCGGAGAGGACAAAGGAUAGGGGAUACUUAGUGAAAUCAUGGGCACCACAGAAGGCUAUACUGAAUCACAACUCAAUUGGUUGGUUCGUCACUCACUGUGGCUGGAACUCAAUUCUGGAAGCAGUGUGUGCUGGGGUGCCAAUGUUGGCUUGGCCUCUGUAUGCAGAGCAAAAGAUGAAUAAAACGUUCUUGGUAGAGGAAAUGAAGAUUGCUUUGCCAGUGAACGCGUCAGAGGAGGGGUUUGUGAGUGCAGUCGACUUAGAGAAACAAGUGAGUGAGUUGGUGGAGUCGGAUAAGGGAAAAGCGGUGAGAGAGCGAGUUAAAGCAAUGAAAGACGGUGCUGCGGCGGCCAUGAGGGAGCGUGGCUCAUCUCGUGUUGCCUUAGCCAAAUUGGCUGAGUCGUUUGGUAUGAUAAAUUAAUUUAAUAAAUGAAUCUGUUCGUGUCGUUUUCAAGUAUAUGGAUUAUUAUUAUUAACGUGAGGAAAGAAACAUUUUCGUUA